CACAGACAGUGAAACAACAGGUUUCAGCCUGGUGCACAAGGACAGAUAUUUUUCUUGCUAUUUGUUAGUGGAGCGAUGGCACAGCAAGAUUUGGGAGAUAAAGUCUUCCUUUUUCCCAGGCAAGAUGACCAUUCACAUGCGACUCUGAUACCAGAACAGCCCAGGCCAUUGAGAAGUUUCACAGUGUGCCUUCGAUCCUUCACUGAGUUAACUGAAUAUUCUCUGUUCUCUUUGGCCACUGCAAUUGAAGAUAAUGCCCUUCUUAUUUACCCAUUGUCAGAAAAUACAGUCAGUGUUUAUGUAGGAAAUGAAGCUAUCAGUUUCAAGGUAGAUGAAGGUCUUCAUGAAUGGAAGCACACCUGUGUGAGCUGGAACUCUGACACGGGAGUGAUUCAGCUUUGGGUCAAUGGAAAACUGUAUCCUCGGAAGGUUUGCAACAGAGGGUAUUCAUUUCCUGCCUCAACCAGAAUAAUCCUGGGACAGGAACAGGACUCCUUUGGAGGAAAAUUUGAUAAAUGCCAGUCCUUCGCAGGUGAAAUAAGUGAUGUCCAUAUGUGGGAUUGUGUGUUGUCCUCUGAAAACAUACAGAAGGUUCUCCUUAAGGAAAUGAAUGGGAAUGUUCUCAAUUGGAGGUCCCUAAAAUUCCAGAGUAAAGGGAAUGUCCUUAUUGAGCCCGACGUAAAGAGCAGAUCAUCAACGGUGUAUUUGCCAUGUGCCAAAACAUAAACAAAUACUCUGUUGUCACACAAAGGGGUGGAUUGCAUUCCAGUUGGUUGUAUUGUUAAUUAAGGGUAUUUCAAUCCAAGGAAUUGCAUAUAUGACAAGCAAGAAAAUGUCAGUCAUACCGUGA